CUGGUUGCUGAGCCAGACAAGCUGUUUGGCAUUGGCUGAUUCUCUCAGCUAGCUUGCAACAACAGCCUGGGCACACAGUCUUUACAAUUCCAGUUAAAAGGUACUCUGACAGUGACUAGCUAUGAGCUUGUCUCAUCCCAACAGCGGAGCCAGGAGCCCCUUCAGAGCCUCAGAGGAGCAUGAACUGCAGGCAGUGGGGAAAAAAGCUUGGGACAAUCCUGUUUACAACAGCUCUCCCUCUACCUCCUUGAAGAUUCAAGCCAUCUACAACCCCAAGUCUAACCUGGAGAGUCCCUAUAAGAACUGUGAAGGAGUGGAGAAUCCACUGCCCUAUCAGGAAGAGCAGAGGAAAGCUGUGGAUGGGAAGACAAGUCUUUUCCUCAAGUUCUGCUUAUAUAUCCUCAGAGGCAUCCGAGGUCUGUGGGGCACUACAUUGACUGAGAAUACAGCUGAAAACAGAGAGCUUUAUGUGAAGACCACAUUGAGAGAGCUGCUAGUCUAUAUUGUGUUCCUGGUGGAUGUCUGUCUAUUGACAUAUGGAAUGACAAGUUCCAAUGCCUAUUACUACACCAAAGUGAUGUCUGAGCUCUUCCUGCAAACCUCUUCAGGUGGCCAUGUCUCCUUCCAGUCCAUCAGCAGCAUGGCUGACUUCUGGCUCUAUGCACAAGGGCCCCUUCUGGAUAAUCUUUACUGGACAAAGUGGUACAACAACAAGUCUCUAGCAGCGCACAGCACUCAGUCAUACAUCUAUUAUGAGAACCUGCUACUGGGUGUCCCACGCGUGAGACAACUGAAGGUGAAAAACAAUUCCUGUGUGGUCCAUGCUGACUUCAAGGAUGAAAUCUCAGGCUGCUAUGAUGUAUAUUCAGAAGACAAGGAGGAAAGGGUCUCCUUUGGGCACAUUAAUGGAACUGCGUGGAGGUACCAUUCUGAGGACGAGCUGAGUGGCUCAUCUCACUGGGGAAGACUAACCAGUUACAGUGGAGGAGGAUACUACAUAGAUCUCAAGUUGACCAGAGAAGAGAGUGCUGAAGCCCUGCAAGUCUUGAAGGAGAGAUUGUGGCUGGAUCGGGGCACAAGAGUUGUUUUCAUUGAUUUCUCUGUAUAUAAUGCAAAUAUCAACCUGUUCUGUGUUUUGAGGUUAGUGGUUGAGUUUCCAGCUACUGGUGGUGCCAUUCCCUCCUGGCAAAUUCGGACAGUCAAGCUUAUACGAUAUGUCAGUGCAUGGGAUUUCUUCAUUGUUGCCUGUGAAGUUGUCUUCUGUCUCUUCAUCUUCUACUAUGUGGUGGAGGAGAUUUUGGAGUUGCGUAUUCACAAGUUUCAGUACUUCACCAGCAUCUGGAACAUCCUGGAUGUGGUUGUCAUUCUGCUCUCCGUUGUCGCUAUUGGAUUUCACAUCUUUCGCACCAUUGAGGUGAACAGACUGUUGGGAGAGUUGUUGAAACACCCCAACACCUAUGCGGACUUCGAAUUCCUGGCAUUCUGGCAGACACAGUACAACAAUAUGAAUGCAGUCAACUUAUUCUUUGCCUGGAUCAAGAUAUUCAAGUAUAUUAGCUUUAACAAAACAAUGACCCAGCUCUCCUCCACACUGGCACGUUGUGCCAAGGACAUCCUGGGCUUUGCCAUUAUGUUCUUCAUUGUUUUCUUUGCCUAUGCCCAGCUGGGUUACCUUCUUUUUGGGACACAAGUGGAAAACUUCAGUACCUUUUUAAAAUGCAUAUUCACCCAGUUUCGGAUCAUUCUUGGUGAUUUUGACUACAACUCCAUUGACAAUGCCAACAGGAUUCUUGGUCCUGUUUACUUUGUCACCUACGUGUUCUUUGUUUUCUUUGUGCUUCUGAACAUGUUUCUGGCCAUCAUUAAUGACACCUACUCAGAAGUGAAGGAGGAGCUUUCAAGCAAGAAGGAUGAGCUGCAGCUCUCAGAUAUCUUGAAACAGAGCUACAACCAAACACUCAUGAAGCUGAAGCUGAAGAAGGAGCAGAUUUCUGAUGUGCAGAAAGCACUGCAGAAUGGAAUGAAGGAACUAGAGUUUGAAGACUUCAAGAAUAGCUUGAAGGAAAUGGGCCAUGCAGACCAUGAGAUCACAGCAGCCUUCUCUAGAUUUGACAAAGAUGGUAACCACAUCCUUGAUGAAGAGGAGCAACAGCAGAUGAAGCAUGACCUAGAGGCAAAAAGGGUUGCUCUGAAUACAGAGAUUGAAAAUCUGGGGAAAUGUUAUGGUGACAACCACCUGGAUGAAAAUCUGACCUACAUGGAAGCAAGGAGUAACCACACCGAUAAGCACAGCUGGGUCCCCAAAGAAGAGUUCCAAGCGCUCCCGCAACGCGUCCUGCAGCUGGAACAGUCCAUAAACAGCAUUGGCUCCAAGAUUGAUGCAGUGGUCAGCAAGCUAGACAUGCUGGAAAGAAGCAAGCUGAAGAGGAAGAACCUGUUGGACAAACCAGUGGAUAAUGGUAGCACGGAGGAAGAGCUCAGUCAGGAAGAGCUGCUCCCCCAGAGCCUAGACCAGCUGGGGAAAGAAGAAGCAGAAGGCUGGGGGAUUGAACUUGUACCAGGAAACAACCUCAGUGGCAAAUCGUCCCAAAAUGGGGUCUAUCCCAUCUUGCCCAGGAUAAGUGUGCUGGGGUCUCAGGUGCCCAAGAACAUCCAGCCACAGUCUGAUGUGCGGUUCUAGCAAAUAGCCUAAUGUUCCCUGCCUGGCUCCAACAGUACCAAGUCACUGUCAGUUGUUUCCCCACUAUUAGAAUAACCCAGACAGUAGGACACCGCUGUUGCCAGGAACUGGUGAUGUGAAAAAUCAGGGACAUUUUUUUCCAGCAUAAUGAUGUAUAAUGUCACAGAGCUAGAACUUCUGCUCCUGGUAUCUCCAGAGUAGGUAGAGAUUUGGAACCAGAUGACACAUUAGGUUUCUGACUCUGAACAGGCUGGCACAAAGUCUUUUAUCUAUCUUUUCUCAAAAAAUAGAGACUCUAGAACAUAGUGAACACUUGUGUCCAGAGUAGCACCUUGCAACUUGUUCCCAACACACACAAUUGUCUGCAGGACAAAGAUGUGGUUAUCUUGUAAACAAAGCAGAAUAUAAAUAUUAGGGUGAAAUUCAAAGGAGAAAUUUAACUGUUUGUGUCUACCUGGUUACCACCAAUUUUGCUUUGUAGUUUAUUUCAAAAAAUGCUUUGGUAACCCUCUCUAUACCUUAGAUUCAGAUGCUGAGAAAAGAGGAUACUAACAGCCAGCACUGGAUAACUGAGAGGGUGACUCUCAGUGUAAUUGGAAGAUCUGAAAUAUCAUAAAUGUAGAAGCAGUUAUGACAGGCAGAGUCCUCGGUCUGAGUGUUAGAGAGCAGAUUCCUUUUUCUAUGGUUUCUAACACAGCUGUAGACACUAAGAAAUCUUUGUUCUGUUUUCACGCUCCUUAAAUUGCAUUUCAAGGUACUUCAUAAAACUAGCACUAUAUUUCUGGAGUUGUGAUACUUCUCUUUUUUGUCAAGGAAACAAACUGAUUUGCUGUUGUGGGUGCUGAUACUGUUUCAGUUGAAGAAUAUUGUGAAAAUUAGGUGAAUGUCAGUUUUUCAUUCACAUUUAAAAUCCUUAUUUUCCAGACAUUUUUCACUUUGCUGAGAUUUCUCUUCCCUUUGUGCCGACUAUUACUGGUAUUACAGGACCACUGCAAGUGUAUUUCAAAUAUCUCAAUCACUGGUAUUCCACAAGCUAACCACAAAUAGGCUCUGUAAGCUUAAAGCCAAUAGAAAUGUGAGUUGUACUGGACCACUGGUAACAAUUCUCAUUAUCACUAUGAUGUUUAGAGUGCUAUGCUGUGCAGUGACAAGUUUAGUGGGGACCUUGUGCAGUGGUGUUUUCUAUUGACAUCUUUUUAAGAUGGAUGUGUCACUUUGUUCUGGGGAAAGCCUCCCUGAGAAUGUCUGAAGGACCUCAAGAUCACCUCUGUUCCCAAAUGGCCCGGGCUCCAUUGCUGUCACAGCUACAAGGUACCAUUGAUCCUGAAAUUGAGACCUCCCAAGAAAAUGAAGGUGAAAGUUAUUAUCUGUAAGGUCUGGUUUUAUAAAGCAUCAGAUUUCUAACAGGGAGGGUGUUGCUUGGUUCCUACGCUCAACAGAAAAGCUGGCAUAAGACCUUCCUCUUUCUGUUGCCCAGUAUUUUUGUUCCUCUCCUGAGCUGUGACAAAAAUCCACACGACCAACAUCAAGGACAGCUCUCCCCCUGAGGCAGGAAUUCUGCAGCCACCACAGUGCAAGAGCCUUGCUGUCACUGCACCAGGAACCAGUCUUCACCAUCCUGCUCCUUUCUGCACAGAAGCGUCAGGGAAAUCAAGUGAGACAAGAGGACAAUGAUGUGGCAGCUGGGCUCAGAUCCAUGGGACAGUGACUGUCAGUCUCAGGCAACCAGAUCACAGGCACUGUGGUCUCCUCUUUAGGGAAGCAGGAGAAGCAAAAUCGUUGUUAGCGCUGCAGUGUUUGUUCAUACUCAGAACUUGGGAAGACAGCUUUCUGCUGCCAAAGGGAGAGCACAGAAGUCUCAACAGGGCCAUUGAAGCUGGGAGUGAUGUCUGCCUCUCACUCUGUUUGUCAGUGUCAACCACGGAAGCUGCAAGCCCAGCUUGUCAGGGCUCCUCACUUCCCACUGAUAUGAACAGUCUGACAACUUCCUUCUUUGGGCCAUGAGGGAAAGGCAAGCAGCAGGAGCAGUCAGCCUGCCCUGUUGAGCAGCUCUGAAUCGGCUCCAGUGGGGUCGGGCAAGUAGGCUGCAUUGGUUUCCUGGGUCUGUCCACAGCCCAGUCAGUGAUCGCCUUUCCCCCUUUCUGGAAGAAAGACUACUCUCUUCACCCCAUGCUGUGAUUUUGGUGGUGCCAGUGCUGCUCAGUGUAAAACCAGCUCUGUCACUGGUAUAUGGCUGUACAUGCAUUAAUGUCUUCUCUCUUACUUGGUACCUGUCCUUGCAACUGUAUCUUGUCUGUUUCUUGUCAAUAUGCUGUCAUGUAUAUGACGUGUCCUAGAGUAAGGCAAGGAAAUUAUUUAUCCCCAGCAAUCUCUUGUCUGUAAUUGUCAAUUGUAUCUUCAAGCUGAUUGAGAAAUAACAUAAAGACAUUGAAAGGUAAGUUCAUACAGCUGCUUUUUUCAGAUGUGCAUUGUCAGGCCUUUCAUUAGGAUCUUGUAUUACUUAUAUGAUAGACGUUUGAUGGGGAAACUAUUUUUUACUCAAUAGUGGGUGUAUGUAUUUUGUUCAAAUUUGCAGAGGGUAGGUGUGAUGGGUUGGCAGGACAGCCUUUCUGAUAAGGGGAAAGGGGCUGUAAAGAUGGCUUCUGUAAGAAGUUGGUCAAACUCUCCCCAGCUCUGAGCCAGACCCACUGCUGGGGCUGAGCCAAUUAGAUGCCUCCAAGAUCACUUUUUAAGAAGAAACUGGAAGAGGAGGUUUCUCCUUGUUUCUUCCUUCUCCUGUCCCUUCUUCUUCUCUGGCUGGUGGUGGUGCAAGGAGUAGGAAGAGUGAAAGAAACAACCAUGCAGACUCCAAGGUCAGUGAUGAAAGAGAGGAGGAGGUGUGCUGGAGCAGAGACUCCCCUGCAUUCUAUGAAGAAGGUUGUGUCCCAAGGGAGGGACCCUGUAUCUGCAGAAACUGCAACUCUGGCAAAGAACCCACACCAGAGAUAUUCACUAAGGACUGUGUCCCAUGUGAGAGACCCUGUAUCAACAGAAGCUGCAGCUGCUGGGAAGAGCCCACACCAGAGAAGUUCAUUAAGGGCUGUGUCCUGGGAGAGGGAUCCUGUAUUGGAGCAGGGAAAGAAUGCAAGAAUUCAUCCUCAUCUGAGAAGAGAGAAGCAGCAGAGCUCAUCUGUGAGAGACUGACCACAUCCCCCAUUCCCUGCCCCCCUGAGCCGUUGAGAGGGGAGGAUGUAGAGAUAUCGGGAGCAGUGAGCUGGGCCCGGGAAGAAAGGAGGGAUGGGGGAGGGAGAUCUUAAAGUGCUGGUUGUAAUU